AUGGUGUUAGUGGAAGCGAGGGAGUGUGCGAGCGAGCGUCAAGAUUGUGCCUCACCGAGCAAGAUGGCCACCCUAGGCCUGUCGAAGGUGUUCAUCCUGGACAAGUACUUUACCGAGCUGCAGAAGUUCUGGGAAACGGAGAAGAAGCUGCAAGAUGCGUCGUCAUCGAACGAAGCCGUUCAUCUGCAGCAAAGACUGAAAAGCCUCAGUUCGGAGUUGGUGACCUUACGGAACCGUCUCCACACUGGCGGUCAACCGACCGGAACUGGUCCGAACGGAACGGGUGGCGUCCCAGUGGGAGGAGUCGUUUCGCCCAACGCUGGACCAAAUGCUAACCUCAACAACCACAAUGGCUCCAACCACAAUGGCGGCGGCGGCGGCGGAGGAGUGCACGGUACGUCGAACCAUGCGACACACACCACUUCGGGACUUAUGGCCACGACGGUGGGCGCGAACGGAAUCAACGUGCUGCCCCAUCUUGCCAACGGAGGCUGUCCCGGCAGCAACAACAACAACCCGAACAACAACAACAACAACACCAACAACAGCGUUAGCAUUAACAGCAAAAACAACACCAACAACAAUCCUACCAAUAAUGUUAAGAACCACAUGCUAGUGACGAGUGCGGCCCAGUGCAUACCGUCGUCGGUCCAGGCGGGCGGCAACGGCAACAAUCUGAACGCCUCGCAGCCGAACGUCAACGUCUUGCCAAUCGUUUCGCCAAGGAAUACCUCAAUCCCGUACCCGCUGCCCCAUCACAACGCCAGCACCAACGGCACGAUGCUGCACGGAGACACGAUACCAUGCGGCGGAACGCUGCCGAGACGCACGGGUACGAUGGGGUUCGGUGGCAGCGGAGCGCAGUACGCGAUGGGACACAUCGGGGGAUCGGUCGGUUCGAUCACCUCCCCGAGCGGUGCCGGAACCGGAGGAGCCCUGCCGGGGAUGUUCGGCGGGACGGGGCAGUCGGCGGGGCACGUUCGGGACCGGCAGGAUGCCGGAGGAACCGCCGCGAGCGAGAUGGACGACCUGAUACAUCUGCCCGGACCACUCACCGAGGACGCCGUCAUGCGCACCCUUCACAACCGAUUUAACGACGGGAAAUAUUUCACCAACGUUGGACCGAUUCUGCUGUCCGUCAAUCCGUACCACGACGUCGGCAACCCGCUGACGCUGUCCUCUACCCGCUCGGUUCCCCUCGCCCCGCAGCUGCGCAAGAUCGUCCAGGAGGCCGUCCGGCAGCAGGCGGAAACGGGCUACCCGCAGGCGAUCAUUCUCUCCGGCACUUCCGGCUCGGGCAAGACGCACUGUUCGAUGCUGCUGCUGCGACAGCUGUUCGCCGUCGCUGGCGGAGGACCGGAAACCGACGCGUUCAAGCAUCUGGCCGCGGCCUUCACCGUCCUGCGCUCGCUCGGCUCGGCCAAGACGGCGACCAACUCGGAAUCGAGUCGAAUUGGCCAAUUCAUCGAGGUGCAGGUGACGGACGGGGCGCUCUACCGGACCAAGAUCCACUGCUACUUCCUCGACCAGACGCGCGUCAUCCGGCCGCUGCCGAACGAGAAAAACUAUCACAUCUUCUACCAAAUGCUGGCCGGGCUGAACGCGGACGAGUGCGCCCGCCUCAACCUGGAGGGCUACUCGCCGGCGAACCUGCGCUAUCUGCAGCACGGAGACAUCCGGCAGGACGAGCAGGAGGAUGCGGCCCGCUUCCAGGCGUGGAAGGCCUGCCUCGGCAUCCUGGGCAUUCCGUUCCUGGACGUGGUGCGCGUGCUGGCGGCGGUGCUGCUCCUCGGCAACGUGCAGUUCGUCGACGGGCAGGGUCUCGAGGUGGAGGUGGUCGGCGAAACGGAACUGAACGCCGUGGCGAACCUGCUCGGUGUCCCGCCGGCCCAACUUUUCCGCGGGCUGACGACGCGAACGCACAACGCCCGGGGUCAGCUCAUCAAGUCCGUGUGCGACGCCAACAUGUCCAACAUGACGCGCGACUGUCUGGCGAAGGCCCUCUACUGCCGAACGGUGGCAACUAUCGUCCGGCGAGCAAACAGUCUCAAGCGCCUCGGUUCGACACUCGGGACCCUUAGCUCCGACAGCAACGAGUCCGUGCAUAAUCAGGCGGAAGUGGCAAGCCAGCACGCGUCGACGAUCGGCGGAAAUGCGGGCUCGAAAUCGAUGGCAGCACUGAACAACGCCGUACGACACGCGACGGAUGGAUUUAUCGGCAUUCUAGACAUGUUCGGCUUCGAGGAACCACGACCUGCACAGCUUGAGCACCUGUGCAUCAACCUGUGCGCGGAAACGAUGCAGCACUUCUACAACACCCACAUCUUCAAGAGCUCGGUCGAGUCGUGCCGCGAGGAGGGCAUCAUCUGCGACACGGAGGUGGACUACGUCGACAACGUGCCGUGCAUCGACCUGAUCUCGUCGCUCCGGACCGGCCUGUUGAGCAUGCUGGACGCGGAGUGCUCGGUGCGCGGCACGGCCGAGAGCUACGUGGCCAAGAUCAAGGUGCAGCACCGGAACUCGGCUCGCCUCGAGCAGCGCGCCCUCGAGCCCUACGACCCGCGCCUCUUCGCCAUCCGCCACUUUGCCGGGCGCGUCGAGUACGACACCACCGACUUCCUCGACACGAACCGCGACGUUGUGCCGGACGACCUGGUGUCGGUGUUCUACAAGCACACGUGCAACUUCGGCUUCGCGACGCACCUCUUCGGCACGGAGCUGAAGGCGCUGUACGCGCAGGAGAGCGGUCCUCGGGGGCUCAGCUUCCGGAUCGCGCCCACCUCGCACACGGACCUGCUGAACGGCGACGAACCGGUGUCGACGCUGACGCAGGACUUCCACACGCGCCUCGACAACCUGCUGCGCACCCUCGUGCACGCCCGCCCACACUUUGUGCGCUGCAUCCGCUCGAACACGGCCGAGAAGGGCGGUGCGUUCGACCGGGGGGCAGUCGUGCGGCAGAUCCGCGCCCUCCAGGUGCUCGAGACGGUCAACCUGAUGGCGAGCGGGUUCCCGCACCGGAUGCGCUUCAAGCAGUUCACCGCGCGCUACCGGAUGCUGGCGCCCUUCCGGCUGCUGCGCCGCUGCGAGGAGAAGGCGCUCGAGGACUGCAAGGUGGUGCUGGACUUUGCGCUCGAGAACCCGCCGGAGCUGGACGGCUCGGUGACGCUCUCGUGGGCGCCCGGCAAGCGACACAUCUUCCUCAGCGAGGGCAUCCGGCAGCACCUGGAACGGCUGCGGGCCGAGGUGCGCACGAAGAGCGCCACCCUCAUCCAGGCGACCUGGCGCGGUUGGAACCUCCGGAAGCGACUCGGCACGAUCCGGCGAACGCACGACAUCCAGCUGAUGGGCGGCGCACUGCAUUCCAUCAAGCAGAACUCCGGCUCAGGUGUAACACGUCGACGAGCGAGAACUACUCCUUAUUCAUAACUGAUACGCUUCUCUCCCUCCCUCACUCUCUCAGGUGCACGCACGGGAAAUGUCACGCACGGCAAUGGCACCGGAAACAACACCGGGACGGCGACGAGACCUAGACCGCAACCGAUCGCCGGAACUCCACCGCCCGAUCCGAACGAAAAAUGCGACUCGAAGAUCAUCGCACAAACCUGCACACUGUUCGGGCUCGAUUUGGAACGACCACCACCCGUGCCACCUUCCCGCUCCUACACCGUCACGGGAAAUUCGAAGCUCGGCUACCCCCAGACUCGCAUCAUGAAGAUGAACUUUCCCGAGGAUCCGGCCGCCGUAGGGUUGGGCGAGCAGCUGCGGAAGGGUGAGGCGGUCACGGUCACCGGAGCGUCCCAUCGGCGGGGACACCUGAUCGUCGAACACAACGGCAUCAGCCUGCACGUCCCGUUCCAGUACAUGGAGUUGGUGAAGACGAUCGUUCCGGCCGGCGCAACCAAUGGCCCGUCCUCUGGUGCACCCGCCCCUCCACCACCCACGGCCACUGCGGUCAACAUUUGA